AUGCCGUUAGUCAUUUUUACUGGCCUCCCGUGCUCAGGGAAAAGUGCAUGGGCCAACGACCUUAAAGAUGAAUUAGAGAAGAGGAUAAGCUCUGCAAAGAAAACCCGGGAGCCUGGACAUAAUUAUUCCAUUGCCUACCAUUCUGACGAGACAUUGGGUAUCGAGCAUGAUACUUAUGAAGACUCCAACAAAGAGAAAUUAGCCAGAGGGUCUCAAAUCUCAGCCGUUAAAAGGGACAUUUCCAAAACCACAAUCGUGAUUCUCGAUUCAAUGGCAUACAUCAAAGGAUUCCGUUAUCAGUUGUAUUGCGAGUCGAAGGGAAUGGCCACACCUCAUUGUGUAAUCCAGGUGACCGCUCCUAUUGAACAAUGUCUUGAAUGGAACCAGCAACUUCCAAAGGAGAAGCAGUGGAACCUCGACUUGAUGAAACAGUUGCUGAUGAGGUAUGAAGAACCAAACAGUAACACCAGAUGGGACUCUCCACUAUUCGAGGUUUUAUCUGGCCAUCCUGAGGAAAAGUUACCCAUUGAUGAUAUAUGGAAUGCGUUAGUCCUCAAAAAUGCACCAACCCCUAAUGCAGCUACAACUAUUCAGGCAACUUCAAACAACUCGUUUCUUCAAGAGUUGGAUCGCAAAACGCACGACGUUGUUUCUCAGGUAAUCCAACAGCAACAACUUGCAAGUGGUGCUGUAGUCAUCAAUGAUUAUACUAUCGAGAUUCCGAUGGGCACUGUUAGCACUGCCCAGCUCCAAAGAAUUAGAAGGUCCUUUAUUAGUCUCAACCGAAUGAGAACUAUUGAAAUUGAUCGAAUAGUGCCUUUAUUUGUAGAAUACAUAAAUAGAACGCUAAAUAAUGACGAAUAA